GCCAGUGCCCGCCGGAAGGGGCGGCCCGAAGUCGGCGAGGGGGCGGGCGGUACUUCCGGGGCCUCGGGAGGGGAGGUCACAAGUCACACUGAGUUAAAAAGCACCCAGGGUUUUCCUCAGUUGCAAACAAAAUGAAUAUUCCCAUGCUGCUGCUGCAUCCUCACCAGCGUUUCCUAAAAGGCCUUUUCAGAAUAUCCUUCCAUUGUUACCACUUCUUGUUUCAUCCAAGUACUCAUCUCGGAUCAGGAAUCCUAUGUGCUCAGCCAUUUAAUUCUCUUGGACUGCAUUGUACAAAGUGGAUGCUGCUGUCAAAUGGUUUAAGGAGAAAAUUAUGUGUACAAGCAACCUUUCAGGACCACACAGAAGGGCUUUCUGAUAAAGAACAAAGAUUUGUGGAUAAACUUUAUAUUGGUUUAAUCCAAGGGCAAAGGGCCUGCUUAGCAGAGGCCAUAACUCUCGUAGAAUCAACUCACAACAGGAAAAAGGAAUUAGCCCAGGUGCUUCUUCAGAAAGUAUUAGCCCACCACCGAGAACAAGAGCAACUAAAUAAAGGAAAGCCACUAGCGUUUCGAGUGGGGUUGUCUGGGCCCCCUGGUGCUGGAAAAUCAACAUUUAUAGAGUAUUUUGGAAAAAUGCUUACUGAGAGAGGGCACAAAUUAUCUGUGCUAGCUGUGGACCCUUCUUCUUGCACUAGUGGUGGAUCCCUAUUAGGCGAUAAGACCCGAAUGACUGAGUUAUCAAGAGACAUGAACGCAUACAUCAGGCCAUCUCCUACCAGUGGGACUUUAGGAGGUGUGACAAGGACCACAAAUGAAGCCAUUCUGUUAUGUGAAGGAGGGGGAUAUGACAUCAUUUUUAUUGAAACUGUAGGUGUGGGCCAAUCAGAGUUUGCUGUUGCUGACAUGGUUGACAUGUUUGUUUUACUACUGCCUCCAGCAGGAGGAGAUGAGUUACAGGGUAUCAAAAGGGGUAUAAUUGAGAUGGCAGAUCUGGUAGCUAUAACUAAGUCUGAUGGAGACCUGAUUGUGCCAGCUCGAAGGAUACAAGCAGAGUAUGUGAGUGCACUGAAAUUACUUCGCAAGCGCUCAGAAGUCUGGAGACCAAAGGUGAUUCGUAUAUCUGCCAGAACUGGAGAGGGGAUCACUGAAAUGUGGGAUAAAAUGAAAGAAUUCCGGGACCUAAUGCUUGGCAGCGGGGAGCUGACCGCCAAGCGACGAAAGCAGCAGAAAGUUUGGAUGUGGAAUCUCAUUCAGGAAAAUGUGUUAGGGCACUUCAAGAGCCACCCCACCGUCCGAGGACAGAUCCCACUUCUGGAAAAAAAGGUUCUCAGUGGGGCUCUGUCCCCUGGACGAGCAGCAGACUUGUUAUGGAAAGCUUUUAAAAGCAGAGACUAAUAAAAUUUGUCCUACACAACUGUUUUAUA